UACCUGAUUCUUGAACAUUCUGUGUCUCCCUCCAGACGCUGGGUGUUGCAACACAUCCUGCGUCAGUUUUCUGCUGUGGCCCACAAGACUCAGCAGCAGGUUGAAGCAGAGCAGCCUGAUGCAGAGAGGACCCCGUUUUUGGGUAGUCCUCUGGACCGAUUAAUACACCAGGAGAUGAAGGUGUGCUCUGAUGCAGCUUGUCGCUAUCCUAGUAAUUAUAACGCCUGGUCCCACCGCAUCUGGGUACUGCAGCACAUGGCCAAAGGCAACAUAAAGGUUUUCCGUGAUGAACUGUCAUCUGUGCAUCCAUGGGUCUCCAUGCACGUAUCUGAUCACAGUGGGUUUCACUACCGGCAGUUCCUUCUCAAGGAGUUACUGAACACUGAACUGAGCCAGUCUUUGUCUUCUGAUUCUGCUAGCACAAUGUUUUGUCCAUCCCAGCACCAGAGCAAUACAGUCCAUAGCACCUGUCCUCAGGCUAAUGGUGAGCUGUCAUUGGGUGAUGCAGCCUGUGGGGAUAGGAUCACUACAGUAUUUAAACUUUUUUACCAGGAGACUGAACUAUGCUCUGACCUGAUUCAGUCUUUUCCUGGACAUGAAACACUCUGGAGUCACAGGCGGCAUGUGUACUACUUAUGGCACCACUGGAGGCAGGAUCAAGAUAUCUGCAGUGUCGGCAAAGAGAAUGAGUUGAAGCCUACUGGAAUCAAUGAGCCAGGUGGCAGCCAGGGGAAGAGUGUGGACAGACAUAAACAUGUUGGUGUUCCUAUGGAGGUGGAUAGGGUGUCCUUGCCUGACCAUGACAGCAAACGUCUAAGGAGAGGAAUCCUUCUGCCCAACCUUCUGACCCUACAAAAUGAACACACCUUUGUUAACAGCAUACUGAACAGUUGUUGUAAUGCUGAGCAGAACAACUAUGCUGUGGCAUACAAAAAGUGGUUAGAUACUGUCAUUAGUGCCCAGUCUUUAGACAUAUAAGAUCUAGGCCCAUACAUUCAACACUAAAGUGGCCUUUAGAUAUUGAUUUAGGAAUAACUUACUUAUCUGUAGUUAUAAUUAAAAUGAGGGGUAUAUUAACAUGGAGUUACAUUCAGAACUAUCUUCCAUGAGGAGGCAGUGUGCAAGAUCGAUCAGUUUGAGGGUGUUCUUCAGAAUCCUGUUUGAGUGUGAUUGAGCCACUUAUUCUGUCUACAUAGACCCUGUUUGUGUCUGACAGUAAAUAGUCUUUAUUUUAUGUCUGCCCAGGACUUAGAUCAAAUUUCUGUUUCUCUUCAUAUGUGCAAGCAAAAAUUAUGUGAAGUUGUUUGUGUAGCAGAAUAGAAUCAGAUGAGAAAGUGCACGAAGAAGAAUUGGUUUUACUAACGGUCAUUAGACAUGAUAGUGUGAAGUUUUAAAAUAGCCAAAUGGAAUGAAAAAGUAAAAUAAUGAAAUGAAUUAACUUUUUGCAGUUUAUUUUUUUUCAUGUUAAAUAGCAGACUACUGGAAGCGAUAUCACCUGGAACUUUUUUUCUAUUAUUUUUCAGCUGUUCACACUGUAUUUUCAAAUCUGAUAGAAAAUAUUGCAUACAUGUUUUUGACCUUGAACAUUUUACUAAUGUAUGUACAAUAUAUUCUUUGGUUUGUUUUUUAAUAGUGGUAAACAUAAUGGUAAAGUCAUGUUAAAGAGCUUACAAUAAAAGUUUACCCACUUGUAA